AUGGGAGUGGCACCCAAAAAAAUCGCUUCCUCGAUGCUCUCUUCCGAAUUCGCCAAUUUGGCUUCCGAGGCCCAUCGCAUGCUCAACCUCGGCGUCGAUUGGCUCCACAUGGACAUCAUGGUGGAGGCUGAAAAUCCUGUGGAAAUGGUUCUUGUGAUGACUGUAGAGGCUGGAUUUGGAGGACAAAAAUUUAUGCCCGAGAUGAUGGAAAAAGUACGUAUACUUAGGAAGAAGAAUCCAUCACUUGACAUAGAGGUUGAUGGUGGUUUAGGGCCUUCAAUCAUAGAUAUGGCCGCAUCAUCUGGGGCCAAUUGCAUUGUUGCUGGAAGUUCAGUGUUUGGAGCCCCUAAGCCAGCUCAAGCAAUAUCCUUACUGAGAAAUUCCAUGGAGAAAGCCCAACAAACCUUGAUACAGUAA